AGGCAGCUGCGGCCCGCGCCGUUUCUCUCCGCCAGAGGGACCCUCGGGAGGCGCCGCACCGGCGCCGCCCACCUCGGCGGGAUCAUGGAGCGGCUGGUGGUCGAGGAAGAAGAAGGAGAGGAGGAGGAGGAAGGUGAAGGAGCCGUCUAUGUCCGGCAGUGGGAGCGGUCGUGGCGGGGCCCGCCUUGCCCCGAUUUGAAUGGAGAGCCCUACUGGUAUAGUGUGAUUAACUAUGCUAGGUAUGAGACCUUGGAAGACAUCAUUGAGGAAGCAGAAGAAGACAGCGACAACGACGAAGUUCAGAAUGGUCCUUACACCACAUUCUCUGGUUUUCAGAGGGCCUUUCUUUCUCCACCUUCUGUCCCUCUCCCUCCCCAAAGCAGCAAUUUGGACCUUGCUCUUUUGGGCUCGGCCUUGCCCCAGAAACCACAACUUACAGCUGAGGAGGCUGAGCGGAAUGCAAAAUUGCUGGUCGCUGAGGAGGAACGCCUCAAGAAGAAAGCUGAGAAGAAAAGGAUGAAGAAGAAGAGACAGAAGGACCGGAAGAGGCAGGAGAAGCGGAACCUGGAGCUAAAGGCCAAGAGUGAGGCAAAUAAACCUUCAGCCGGACAAGAUGAGGGAACUUUGACCUUGAGUGAUGGUCUCCCUGACUCGGAGGGGAGUUUCAAUGAGGCCUCCCCAGACAGGAGCCCCAGCAGCAGUAUGGAGGAGGUAGAGGCGGCAGAGGAUGACCUGGAUUUCUCCAGCACUUUUGUCUCCAAAGCUCGCCGCAAGGUGCGUGCCCAGUCUCUGCUCCCGAGGAAGGAGAAAGAAGGGGGAAAAACCAGGGAGACUCGGAAGGCAGAGACGAAGCAAAAGGCAGAGAAGCCUUCAGAGCUCCAGUUGACUCUAGUGCAGCAGAGCCUGGUGCUGGCAGAUUGUGGGAAUGAAACCGCCAAGCAGGGGCUCUUCCAUCAGGCCGUGCUCCUCUUUACCGAAGCUAUUAAGCUGAACCCCCAGGAAUACAGGUUCUUCGGGAACCGCUCCUUCUGCUACGAGAAGCUGCAGAGCCACGCAGCAGCCCUGCGGGAUGCGCAACAGGCCCUGAGCCUGCAGCCGGGCUGGCCCAGAGGCCUCUUUCGCCAGGGCAAGGCGCUCCUAGGCCUCAAGCAAUACGCAGAGGCGGCAAGGACCUUCCAGCAGCUCCUGCCCUUCGAUGGCUUCCGCGGCGAUGCCGCCAUCCAGCUCCAGAAGUGCCAGAUCCAGCAUUCCCUGGAGAGCCGGCUGUACUGCUUCCGCCGUAACUGGGAAACACAGCUGCCUCUGCCUGGAAAGCAGCCAGGCGGGCAGCGGUACCCAGACAGCAGUGCCCAGGCCAUUGCCACCACCCGGCUGGCACCUCCAGUUGCAAAGGCCCCAGGCAGAGACUGGUUUGCCGUCUGGGUGGGGAACCUGGCGCCCAGGAUCACCCAGCACGUCCUGCUUCGCUAUUUUCAGCCGUUUGGACCCAUUGACUCCAUCCGCUGCCUCCCUCACAAGUCCUGUGCCUUCGUCAACUACAGCCACAAGGAGGCCGCCGAAGCUGCUUAUGUGGCCCUGCAGGGGGCGGAAGUGGAAGGAUGCAAGCUCGUUCUGCAGCUGAAGCACCCUGCGCACGCCACUGCGGCCCCCUCCAAGGCAGCCCCCCGCUACGGCUUCUCCUCCUGUGUGUGAAGACUGGGCGGACGUCAAGGCUUGCGCGGACCGUCUUGGGGGGCCCAGGUGGGGGGCCCCGGGAGCUGUGGAGAAAGGGGAGGCUCUUGAAGGCAUCCCCAGAGGGGACCGGGCAACAUGGCCACCACCACCCCUCUGCUUUCUCUGAAGCCCGGCCCGGCCCGGUCUGCUUUCGGGGCUGAUCUGGCCCUCUCCCGUAGUCAGGAGCUGCCAGUCCAGAGCGGAGGGUCCAGGCCAGGACGCGGUUCUGCUCUGGGGGUGAGGCAGUCCGUGGAGAGGUUGAAGGGGGUUCAACUUCCACCCCUGAUUUGCAGGAUCAGCCUCCCCUCCACCCUCUUGAGUGGGAGCAGAGACAGACCUGGGGGACCCAAAGGGGAGACGGUGGCUCCCCUGCCCCCCUGCCUCGAGCCACGUCUCCUCCCUUGUUGGGGAGGCCUCUGCUCCUCCAGCCCCGCAAAUCCUUGCGCUCCGGGGCUCCUUCCUCACCUGCGCCCCAAAGGGGACUUUCCUCGGGCCUUCAUUGAGGGGGGGCCCCUUCGCCCGGCCGGCCGGCCCGCCCCGUCUCCUCAGCCUGCUCAGGAACUGAUGUCGGUUGCCUUAUUUUUAUACCGUUCACAAUAAACCUAAGAAAAGACUU